GGCUAAUAUCUUUAAAGAAACCCCUUUUCUCUUUUUUCCUCCUCCCUCUCUGCUCCACUAGCUGAAAAGCCAAUAAAAAAAUUCUCCACCUCCUACACAGUUCAGAACAAGAUCUGUGUGCAUUUCUCCUAGGCAUGUUUUGAGACCCAGAAGGGGAUGAAAGUAGUUAAUGCGCACCGGGAAUCUCAAUUUCAGGCACAGAUCUGUACUUUUCUAUUGACCUUGCUGAUAUGCUGCAAGAUAAAUAUUAAACAAUUUUUUGAUCAAUUUAAGUCCAGCCUGGGGAGAAGAAACAGUUAAAGAAAUGUCUCAAGUAUACUUGCAUUCAGCUAAUCAGACUUUGUGUGCAUCUACAAAUGGUACAGAACUGAAAUCAAUCCUUGAUAAUGAAACCACAAACGAAAAAUGGACCGAAGACUCCUUUCCAGGAUUAGAAAUACUGUGCACAAUUUAUAUUACAUACGCUGUGAUCAUUUCAGUGGGUCUCCUUGGAAAUGCUAUACUCAUCAAAGUCUUUUUCAAGAUUAAAUCAAUGCAGACGGUUCCAAACAUCUUCAUCACCAGCCUGGCAUUUGGAGACCUCCUGCUUUUAUUAACUUGCGUGCCUGUAGAUGCAACGCGGUACAUUGUGGAUACCUGGGUCUUCGGAAGAAUUGGGUGCAAGCUGCUGUCUUUUAUCCAGUUAACCUCAGUUGGAGUAUCAGUGUUUACCCUGACUGUUCUCAGUGCUGACAGGUACAGAGCCAUCGUUAAGCCCUUGGAACUGCAGACUUCGGAUGCGCUCCUGAAGACCUGCUGUAAAGCCGGCUGUGUGUGGAUCGUCUCCAUGAUAUUUGCUAUCCCAGAGGCUGUUUUUUCAGAUUUGUAUUCUUUCAGCAAUCCUGAGAAAAACGUAACUUUUGAGGCAUGUGCCCCCUAUCCUGUAUCUGAGAAGAUCCUGCAGGAAGCUCACUCCCUGGUUUGCUUCUUAGUGUUCUAUAUUGUACCCUUAGCUGUCAUUUCUGUCUACUAUUUUCUUAUCGCCAGAACUUUAUAUAAAAGUACAUCCAACAUGCCAGCAGAAGAACAUGGUCAUGCCCGUAAGCAGAUUGAAUCCCGCAAGAGAGUUGCAAAAACAGUGCUGGUGCUUGUUGCUUUGUUUGCCUUUUGCUGGCUGCCUAACCACAUCCUCUACCUGUACCGCUCUUUUACAUACCACGCUUCUGUAGACGCUUCCACCUUUCAUCUGAUAGCCACUAUUUUCUCCCGUGCCUUGGCCUUCAGCAAUUCCUGCGUCAAUCCUUUUGCUCUUUAUUGGCUGAGUAAAAGUUUCCGGCAACAUUUUAAAAAGCAAGUCUCGUGCUGCAAGGCAAAACUUGGAAGGAAGCCUCAGAGUGGUACCCACAGUAAUACACCCACCAGAGCCCUGUCCGUCACGGGCAGCACGCACGGCUCAGAAAUCAGUGUUACACUGCUAACAGAUUACAGCAUCACAAAAGAAGAGGAAAGUGUUUAGUCUGUCUGGGAUGAAGAAGGACAGAAACUGAGCCUUUGCAAUCAAGCCACUGCUAGCGGGAGCCUGGAAAAAGGCACCAUGCCUUGCCCUGUCUGUGAAAGCAUUUUCAUCGGGAGCUCCUCUUUUUUUUUAAAUAUACAAUAAGGAAAUCAAACUGUGCGGGAGAAGCUGCAACAGCUGAACUUUCCAGCAUAAGCUCAAAGGGAUUGUUCACGUUCCCAAGAACGAACACGGAUCCCUAGCUGGAAUUCCUGGACUGGGCAGGACAGGAGUCAGCAGAGUUGCUGCGAGAAUUGGCGGUGAGGAUGGUUUUGUUCUUGGUGACUUGUUCUUUGACUUGUGACUGAGAGCUCCCUCUGUCAAACACUCGCCUCUGCAGCAAGCAAGCAGAGCCACCUAUCUUCAUAACACGAUCAAACAGGCAGAUCUUUCAUUUAUUUCUUUUCUUGACCCUAUUGUUAAAAAUUGGUAAGCCCAUCAGAAAGCGUGCUAAAAUUAAAGCAAGCUAAGGUCUGUAGUACGGUGUAGUAAAAAAGAAAAAGCAUUAUGGGCCAGAUCCACACCAGGCUUUGCUCUGCCGGUGACUUUGAAACUCUCAGUGAGAGCUGAUGGCUGGGUGAAGGGGUGCCUUUCACAGUUGCUAAGGAAGCCAAGGGAACGAGCAGGUCAUCAUCUCUCUUCAAAAUCUAUAACCAUCUUCAACCACGCUUGUAAAAUUCUUUGCGAUCUAUGGGGGAAAACAUCUCAACGGUGCAGAGUUCUGUAUUGUUAUAGUGAUUUAACAUGAAGAAAUUGGGGUGGGUCUGUAUCAGAGUGCUGGUUGUGAUUUGCGGUGCACUUUUGAAGUGAACUGCUCGUACGUCCCCUCCUGCCUUACUUUGCUCUGUCUCCCAGAGUGCUGUGAGUGCACAGCCUGGAUUCCUCUCAGAUUAAACCGCACAGCCAAUCCACAGAACUAGACUAGACUAAGUUUGAAUAAAGCCCCCAAAAGUGUAUGGCGGGGGCGGUCAGAUUAACCAUUUCCCUCCACGGAUGCACUCCUGCUGUAGUGUACGUGGUCAUAUCUCAGUGGGCCGCACGUUUUCAACCAUGCUGGGAGAGCUGGAUUUCUCUAUUAUACUAAUUUUCUCUUCUUCAAGUUAUUCAGGUAAUAUCCCUUUUUAAUAUUGGGAUAUACUGUCUUUAUGAGAUAGGCCUUCUAAUCUCAAAUCCACUGAUUUUAUGACUCUGCAUGGAGAGGCAAGUCAGGGACAGCCUAUCAUGGGCAGCCUGCGCAUCCCUAAAAACUGCUGGCGGGGACUCGCUUCCCAUCGGGAAAUACAGGAAGCAAGUCUUCCCACCCCACGUUACAAAAAUGUUGAAUGACACUUAUUUUUAUGAACUUUGUGUACCCUGCACCAAAACUGUGUUCUGUGGGAGUGGGCGACAGAAAACACAGUAGAUUUUCCAUCGCUUAAACUAAGGGACUUCUAGCUCAAAAACGAAUUUGUGCGUUAAAGUAUAGAAGAGAGGUUGCAAUAUAUGAAUUAAAGAAAAUCGUGCUGUCAGUCACAGAAGUUUCAAUUUUAACUAACCCUUGAAGAUAUAACACCCCUCCAGCUCCACAGAGCCCCUAAAAACACAUGGCUGGAAACCCACCCAUCCAUGCACCACUAUUUGAGUUCAUUACAAGACGAGAAAAUCUAUUUGCAGUCUCUCUCUGUUGACUGCCCUAAUCAGAAUAAUAAAACCAAACUAUAAAUCCCAAGGGCAUUGGAAUACAACCUCUGUCAUCUUAAACCGGUUUAAUGAUAGCCCAUUUUAAUCCCAUCAAGCCUGGCCUUAUUUUACUGCACUCUUCAUGUUACCUGCUGCAAGGCUAUAAACACUAAUUGUCAAAUGGAUUCUCCCUUUUAUUGUACCAUUUGCAGACCAGGAUAGGAUCACUGAAACCAAUGGAAAUAUAACAGCACAUAAAUGCAAUUUACGGCAAACCAGACUCCAGAGACCUUAUUUUACUCUCUUUGUCUUAAUAUAACACACUCCCUGGUAGUGAGCUACAUACAAAUAGAACAAACAUAUUGCACUGAUAUUUUCCCCUUCUUUUUUUUCUUCAAUGGAGCUGCAGGGUGAGACUGAAAUAGGUAAAUAAACCUACACACUUAUGAGCGUACUUUUAUUUUCCUGGAUGUUACUACAGGGAAUUCAAAACAAAAGACAAAUCAAUGAACAUUACAGUUCUUUACAUCAUUCUUUAUUCUAGUUUAUUAAAGCCUUUGGAAAACAAAUCUGCCACGUGUUUCUGGACUUCACAAUUUGUCUCUAUUGGGGACCAAAUUUCCCACCGCAAAAUCCUUGUCUACCCCCCACAGCAGCCCUUAAAACCCACGGUUUCCUAAUUCUCCAUUUUUCUUGCUUUGCAUGCAGCUACUUUUUGCUUGUGUAACUACUCCUCUCACUGGAUAGUCUAUCUAUUGCUAAUAUAUCCUGUUACAAAAUUGGUAUUUUUGCUGUAUGCUGUACAUGUUUUGGUUAAAGACUGGCAAUAUUUCAAGCCAUAAUUUAACUAUUCUGUGUACUUUAUGCUUUUAUAACUCUGUGCUUUCAAAUCUUCAUGAUGUGUUGUAUUGGAGUGAUACAUUGGUCAACUUUUAUUUUUAUCUAAACAAUCCAAUGAUAUUCAUUCCAUCUAUUCCCCCAAUAUAAUUAUCCAUAAAAUGUCUCCACAUUACCAUAACUGGAUUUAAGGAAAAGGGGAUGUUUCUUUUGCAUCUUUGCUCAGUAUUCCAAAAUCCAGUUCUUUCACCCCUAGAUAAUACAGGUGUAAUUCUGUAAGAGCAUAUGGGAAUAAUGUCUAUUUACAGAAACAUUGAGUGUUAUUUAGCAAAAAACUGGCAUGAGGAAUUAGGAGUUUACUAUUUAGAUCCACAAUGAAAGAAUAGGUAGAAAAAAGGCACAAAAUACUGAAAGGCAAGACUCCAUGAAAGGUCUUGUUCCUGGGGAGUCUUUCUGAGAAAGUAAAUACGAUUUCUAGGAUGUACCUUGAUUAUAGUUUGUUUUGUGAAUGAGAUGUACACAUUAACAGCUUUGAUACAUAUAAAUGUAACAACUAUUGUUCACCUCAGCAACAGGCUUAGCCUCAGUACUCUAAUUUGUGCUGCCACUACCAGAUGCUGGUUUAGUUAAAAAAAAAAGCCACAAAAAUGAAGGAAACGAUGUCAAAGCAUGGAUACAGCGUUAACAGACUGCAUGUGCACCUCCAGCAAAUGGCACAGAAUAUUAGUCAGUUAUGAAAUUAUAGCCAUUUUAAAGCUCAUCCUCCUGUUUUCAUCGAAAGUAUUUUUAUUUUACAUAGUUAAAUAUAGGCUGCCCGCUGACACUCAUGUGUUUCUGCUAAGAAUAUUACAAUUAAAGAAUAAGCUAAAGUUACACACAGCUACAGCACUUACACAUUUCAGUCAGUGGUACUUAUAAUUUUUUAAAAAAUACAGGCUCUAACCAGCGUUUAGUUAUGGGCUCUGACACUGAUGGUCCCCUCGGUGCAAGGCGAACUGUUUUGUGGAAUUUCCUUUGUUGGCAUAGGAAAGGGUAUUGAAAUUUUAGCACAUCUGGAUCUGGUCCUGUCAUUUUUUGCACUGUGAAGACUCCACUUCACGCUCGCUCCUCUGUGUAACAGCUACAGGCUCCAGCCCCAUGGAAAGCCCAAAGAGGAGUAACCUCUCUGCACUUAAUCACUAGUUCCUGCCUCCUUGAUUUAAUAUAACAAAGCAUCUUAAGAAAAGAGUGUUAACUCUUUACCUAAUUAAGUAUUAGCUAGUGAUUUGCUGGUUCCCCUCUAAUAGACAACAAAACACCACUUUAAGAAAACCAAGAUUUCAGUACUUUUGCUAGGUGGUAUCUCUAGACCAACAAUCAGCUCUGAUGAACCAAAAUUGCCUUUUAUCACACAGGAAGAGGCAGACAGAGAUACAAAAUCAUCAUGCUAAUGCCUCCUUUUAAUAUGUACUUUGGGACAUUCUGUCAGGAUUUAAAACGCCAUUUCUUGAUAGCUCAGACUGACCUGAUCUGUGUAACACUCAAGCCCUUCGCACCAUCCCCAGAACAUGCAGCUUGCUGCAGCAGUGCUUGUGCAGCCAUGAAUUGUAUCUUUUCAAGGAUGUGAUUGAGAGGAAAGCUGUCUUGACCCCAAAAAUCGAUGAGCUUCCAGUCGAAUCAGUUUCCUGAGCUGGCUCACUGCACUGUCUUUACUGAAGAGGAAGAGAACAGAUGGUGGCGACACAGUAAGAAGCUGCGACACGGGAGCUGUCGUCACACAUGCUGUUAUCUGUGGAAAGUGUGAGGGAAUUUGAGGUAGUUUGUCCUCAUAGCUACAUUAAAGUGUGCGGAUCAGAUUCACCAGGCACUAACCCUGCUGCACGCAAGCAUGAUCUCACUUCCAUGGGACUGAGAUGAAACUUGGCUCUCCUGCUCCCCAGGACAGCGCCCCAGUGACUUGCUGUAGGUAGAUCUGCACGCUAGGGAAAUCCGUACCGUGCUCCUCCUGCCCAGGAAGCUUAAUUGGUCAAACUAUUGGCACCAGCAGCCUGUGCCGAGGGAGGAGCAAGACCCAGUGUGAUUUUUUGACAUUUAGCACACCAUUUAAGUGUUAUCUACCUCUUUUGGGUUUUGUCUUUGCCUCUAGUAGGAUAUGAAAACACUUUCUGCCUCAGUGACAGACGACGGCCAGCUGGCUACACGGCACCUCAACUGACAGCAACUACAUUUAGUCAGGUUAUGAAUGUAAAAAACUGCCAAAAUCAAAUAAGCAGUUUAAGACGUAAAUUGUAUUGCUCUUAAAAUGAUUAAGGCUAUGAUUAUCUUGCUUCUAAACAGACACUCAAUUCCAAUUUUUAUAAGUAAGCACAGUUCACGUGAAGACUCUCAUGCUCCUCACCAAAAGCAUAUACCUAUUUGAGAGCUAAUACAAAUGUCUCUUAAGCUGUCAGUUUAUAAGUGGUGACGAAACAAUCUUUGGACAACUAUCGUAAUAGCCCUGCCAAGGGAAAAUUCUUGAAGCAUGAAAGAUGUCAUUAACCAGGCUGGAUGUUUUUUGUGUAACAGCCAAAGGUUACUAGAAGUGUAUAUUUAUAUCCUCAGCAAUUUCAUCUGACGGUCUGUUGACCAGCCAGUUAGCUGGUGUCGCUCUCUCCCUGCAGAGCUUCACAAGCUCAGGAUCGUGUCUUUGAUUUUAUUAUCGUUCCAGUCUGUAUCACAGUAAAGAUAUAUUUGUUCCUGGAAUACUCACUUUCAGCAAACUUCUGUCCUGAAUAUUAUUUUCAUUGCUAAGUGGAAAGACUGCUUUGCCGCUGGCAACCAGCCACCGACAGCCUUGGUGGGAUUGUUCAGCUAAAUUUUUAUUUAAAACACAUGCACUCUUUUAAUACCUGGGGUUUAUAGCUCUAGGUUAAAUUUUGAAAAACAAAACCUGAACAGUGUGCUUCG